AUGGCGGUGGAAGGGCGUUUACGAAUGUGCAGCUCCCUUUGGGACGCUACCUGGCUCUAUCCUCUGAAGGGUCUCUACUACUUCCUGCUACAUCCCUCUUUCUACCCUCUGUUUAAGGCGCGCCUGAUUCCCAUCGUGCUUCUCUCCGCCUUCAUCUACGCGAAUCUAUUCCUCUGGACAUUCCUCCCACAAGUUGCCUUCCUCGCCAUCUUUCACGGUGCAGGAGCCUGGGUGAACGCAACAUUUCUCGUGCUGGGUGAAGGGGCUGCGAUUGUCGCGCUUCUUUUUGAGGCUUUCUUCGUCGAUGAGACUCUCGUGGACACCUUUGAUGCUGUCCUUAUUGACCAAGGGUUGGCGGACCUGGUCAGUGAGGGGCGUACUCUCCAUCCGAUGGCUCAGAACUCGGUGAAGAUGCUUGGAAAACCUACGUCCACGGCCAUUUAUGCCCCGUUUAGUUUCCGCCAAAUCGUCGAAUUCGUCAUUCUUCUUCCCGUCAACCUCAUUCCUUUCGUUGGUGUCCCGAUCUUCCUCAUCUUGACUGGAUAUCGGGCCGGACCUUUCCAUCACUGGAGAUACUUCAAGCUCCGGGGGUUUUCUAAGAAGGAAAGACAAGAAUACGUCAGGAACCGUCAGCUCAAAUACACGUGGUUCGGCAUGGUUGCAUUGGCAUUGCAACUGAUCCCUGUGCUCAGCAUGUUCUUUUUGCUGACGUCGGCGGCCGGGAGUGCACUAUGGGCCGCGAAAAUGGAAAAGGCGCAUCGAUCGAGGGAAGCCGCGGCCACAUCCAGGACCGAGCCAUAUCAUGACGAUGUAGCAUAA